AUGAGGUUCUCCCAGGUCUUGACCAUUGCCUACUUGGCCGCCGGCAGCGCUGCCGAUGAGCAGCAGCCCAGCCAGGCCAUCAACGCUGCUGCUGAGUCGUGGAUAUGGAAACCUGUCAGCAAGCCGCAUGAACCUAGCAAGCCGCCGGAAUCUACCAGGCCGCAUGAGACUACCAGGCCACAUGAGACCAGUAGGCCACAUGUGUCUACCAGGCCGCAUGAGUCUACCAGGCCGCAUGAGUCUAGCAAGAAGCGCGAGUCUACCAAACCGCAUGAGUCCAGCAGGCCACAUGUGUCUACCAGGACGCAUGAGUCUAGCAAGAGGCGUGAGUCUACCAGGCCGCAUGUGUCUACCAAGACGCACGAGUCUAGUAAGAGGCGUGAGUCUAGCAGGACGCAUGAGUCCAGCAGGCCACAUGUGUCUACUAAGACGCAUGAGUCUACCAAGAGACGUGAGUCUACCAAGACGCAUGAAACUAGCAAGCCGCAUCGUACCAGCAAGACCACGGAGCGUGAGACCACGACAGAGCACAAGACCACGGAGACGGAGCACAAGACUAGGACAAAGCACGAGACCAGGACCAAGGAGCACAAGGCCACGGAGACCGAGACGAAGCGCAAGACCAGGACGGAACGUAAGACUAAGACGGAGCGCGAGACCGAGACGGAACGCAAGAUCAAAACGGAGCACGAGACUAAGACCAAGGAGCACAAGGCCACGGAGACCGAAACGGAACGCAAGACCAGGACGGAGCGAGAGACCGAGACGGAACGCAAGACCAAGACAGAGCGCGAGACCAAGACCAAGGAGCAUAAGGCUACAGAGACCGAGACAGAGCGUAAAACUAAGACAGAGCGCGAGACCAGGACCAAGGAGCAUAAGGCCACAGAGACCGAGACGAAACGCAAGACUAGGGAACAUAAGGCCACAGAGACCGAAACAGAGCGCGAGACCAGGACAAAGGAGCAUAAAACCAUAGAGACGGAGCGUAGGACCCAUACCAAGGAGGAGCACAAGACCAAGGAGCACAAGACCAAGGAACACCAUACUGCGGUCACCACCAAAGUCAUUCCUACGGCUUUCACAACUUUCUGCCCGGAACCCACUACCAUCACCAUUAAUAAAGAGAAGUUCACUGUCGUUACUCCUACCACCCUCACCAUCACCAACUGCCCUUGCACCGUUACCGAACCUAUAAUCACUCGCGUCGAAACCGAAGCUCCCUCCGCUCCGAUCUUCACUGCCGCCGCCGACAAGGCCAACGCUGGUAUUGGAGCUUUCGUUGCUGCCGGUUUCGCCGCCAUGUUGCUCUAA